AAAAAUGAAGAAAAAAGAUGUAAGGAGAUGCUACUGGCUUUUGGCCUCCCGGAGGUGGCGCUAUGAGGGUGACGGAGUUAAUUGGUGCCUCCAAACGCCGCGUGUGAGCUCAUCGAAGUCAUGCUCUGCACACAUAUUAUUUAUAGCAGAUCUGAGGCAUGCAUGGUGUUUGACAUUUCUGUCUUUUUAAGUAGGGGGACUUCAAAAAGUCGUGGGUAUCCCCCCCCCGGCAAAGUGCAGUGGGCAGGGACCAGGGUGCAGGCGCAAGGCGAACGCGCAGACCACGAGUGUCCUGGCGCAGGUGCCGGGGGCGGCGGCUGCAACUCCGCAGCGUCCGCUCGGGAGGAGAGUUCGCGGCUGAUCUCCCGAUCCCUUGCAGAUGCAAAAUGUGUCUCUGGCCAGCAGGAGGAAGGAAGAGGAAGUGAGAGCAGCGGCAGCCGGCGGUGCAGCAGCCGGCCGACCCGGAGUGUGUAGACACGUGCGGCUGUUUACGCUGUAGGAUCCCCAGACCCACUGGCUUUGAACGUUUUGGGGGCUUACCAUGCCGCCACCCGCGGACAUCGUCAAGGUGGCCAUAGAAUGGCCGGGCGCCUAUCCCAAACUCAUGGAAAUUGAUCAGAAAAAACCACUGUCUGCAAUAAUAAAGGAAGUCUGUGAUGGGUGGUCUCUUGCCAACCAUGAGUAUUUUGCUCUGCAGCAUGCCGAUAGCUCCAACUUCUAUAUCACAGAAAAGAACCGCAAUGAGAUAAAAAAUGGCACCAUCCUUCGAUUAACCACGUCUCCAGCUCAGAACGCCCAGCAGCUGCAUGAAAGAAUCCAGUCCUCGAGUAUGGACGCCAAGCUGGAAGCCCUGAAGGACUUGGCCAGCCUCUCCAGGGAUGUCACGUUUGCCCAGGAGUUUAUAAACCUGGAUGGCAUCUCCCUCCUCACGCAGAUGGUGGAGAGUGGCACUGAGCGAUACCAGAAAUUGCAGAAGAUCAUGAAGCCUUGCUUUGGAGACAUGCUGUCUUUCACCCUGACGGCCUUCGUUGAGCUGAUGGACCAUGGCAUAGUGUCCUGGGAUACAUUUUCGGUGGCAUUCAUUAAGAAGAUAGCAAGUUUUGUGAACAAGUCAGCCAUAGACAUCUCGAUCCUGCAGCGGUCCUUGGCCAUUUUGGAGUCGAUGGUGCUCAAUAGCCAUGACCUCUACCAGAAAGUGGCACAGGAGAUCACUAUCGGCCAGCUCAUUCCACAUCUGCAAGGGUCAGAUCAAGAAAUCCAAACCUAUACUAUUGCAGUGAUUAAUGCACUUUUUCUGAAGGCCCCCGAUGAGCGGAGGCAGGAGAUGGCGAAUAUUUUGGCUCAGAAGCAACUGCGUUCCAUCAUUUUAACACAUGUCAUCCGAGCCCAGCGAGCCAUUAACAAUGAGAUGGCGCACCAGCUAUAUGUUCUGCAAGUGCUCACCUUCAACCUGCUGGAAGACAGGAUGAUGACCAAAAUGGAUCCCCAGGACCAAGCUCAGAGAGACAUCAUAUUUGAACUUCGAAGAAUUGCUUUUGAUGCCGAGUCAGAACCUAAUAACAGCAGUGGCAGUAUGGAGAAACGAAAGUCCAUGUACACACGAGAUUAUAAGAAACUUGGCUUUAUUAAUCAUGUCAACCCUGCCAUGGACUUCACACAGACUCCACCUGGGAUGUUGGCUCUGGACAACAUGCUGUACUUUGCCAAGCACCACCAAGAUGCCUACAUCCGGAUUGUGCUUGAGAACAGUAGCCGAGAAGACAAGCAUGAAUGUCCCUUUGGCCGCAGUAGUAUAGAGCUGACCAAGAUGCUGUGUGAGAUCUUGAAAGUGGGCGAGUUGCCUAGUGAGACCUGCAAUGACUUCCACCCAAUGUUCUUCACCCACGACAGAUCUUUUGAGGAGUUUUUCUGCAUCUGUAUCCAGCUCCUGAACAAGACAUGGAAGGAAAUGAGGGCAACUUCUGAAGACUUCAACAAGGUAAUGCAGGUGGUGAAGGAGCAGGUUAUGAGAGCACUUACAACCAAGCCUAGCUCCCUGGACCAGUUCAAGAGCAAACUGCAGAACCUGAGCUACACCGAGAUCCUGAAAAUCCGCCAGUCUGAGAGGAUGAACCAGGAAGACUUCCAGUCCCGCCCGAUUUUAGAACUAAAGGAGAAGAUUCAGCCAGAAAUCUUAGAGCUGAUCAAACAGCAACGCCUGAACCGCCUUGUGGAAGGGACCUGCUUUAGGAAACUCAACGCCCGGCGGAGGCAAGACAAGUUUUGGUAUUGUCGGCUUUCGCCAAAUCACAAAGUCCUGCAUUACGGAGAUUUAGAAGAGAGUCCUCAGGGAGAAGUGCCCCACGAUUCCUUGCAGGACAAACUGCCGGUGGCAGAUAUCAAAGCCGUGGUGACGGGAAAGGACUGCCCUCAUAUGAAAGAGAAAGGUGCCCUUAAACAAAACAAGGAGGUGCUUGAACUCGCUUUCUCCAUCUUGUAUGACUCGAACUGCCAGCUGAACUUCAUUGCUCCUGACAAGCAUGAGUACUGUAUCUGGACAGAUGGACUGAAUGCGCUACUCGGGAAGGACAUGAUGAGCGACCUGACACGGAAUGACCUGGACACCCUGCUCAGCAUGGAAAUCAAGCUCCGCCUUCUGGACCUGGAAAACAUCCAGAUCCCUGAUGCGCCUCCGCCGAUUCCCAAGGAGCCCAGCAACUAUGACUUCGUCUAUGACUGUAACUGAAGUGGCCGGGCCCACACGUGCCCCUUCCAAAACUGGAACACCUAGUUAACAGGAGAGAGGAAUGAAAACACGCCCACGCCUUGGAACCCUCCAUUGGUAAAGGGAAGCUGUGGGUCCACACUCCCUUGAGCCUCACCUCUAGCCCUGGCAACUUUCAGCCCCUAGCUGGCAUCUUGCUCACCGCCCUGAUUCUGUUCCUCGGCUCCACUGCUUCAGGUCACUUCCCAUGGCUACAGUCCACUGGUGGGACAAGAGCAAAGCCCACUGCUGGUAAGAAGGCCAAAGGGCCCUUCCAUCCUAGCCCCCUGCAGGCAUGCCCUUCCUUCCUCAGGACAGUAAAGCCAGCAGCCCCAGACUGCCCCAAAACUUGCCCACCAGACCAAGGGGAGUGCCCCAAGGCCCCCAUCUGGAGGAAAUGGCCUAGCUACUUGACGAGAAGACCAAACCCCACAUCCCCCUUUCCCGUCUCUAGAAUCAUCUCGCACCACUAGUUCCACUUGAAUUGAGAUCUGCACUCAAAUCUCCUCCCACCUCCCUCCCUGCUUUUGCCUUGCUCUGUUCCUCUUUGGUCCGAAGAGCCUCAGCUGCAGCCUCCUCAUGAUCCUCCCUAGCAUCAGUUUCCCAAACAGUUCACAGGUCCCAUGCCCACUUUGCGUCUGCACUGUGACCAUAACAGAUCCUCCCUCCUCACCAGCUAGUCUGGAGUUUCCUCUCCCUACCCCAGGCCAGAACUGCCUUCUUCAUUUCCACUCAUGCUCCCAGCCUCUUAGCUGAAAGCACAAAUGGUGAAAUCAGUAGUCUCGCUCCAUCUCUAAUAGACUAAACCUAAAUGCCUCUAGGACGGGCUGUUGCUAUCCAAGGAUUUGGUGUUACCUUCUCCUGGGAGGUCCUGCUGCAAAAUGAGUUCCACAGGAUGGUCAAGCUAUCAGACAUCCAAGUUUACAUCAUUGUAAUUAUUAUUGGUAUUUACAAUUUGCAAGAAUUUUGGGUUCUUUUUUUUUUUUUUGCUUUGUUUUUGUACAAAAGAGUCUAACAUUUUUUGCCAAGCAGAUAUAUAUUUAAUGAAAAGAAGAGAUACAUAAAUGUGUGUAUUUCCAAUUUUUUUUUAAUUAUUUUAAUCCCAAACAUCUUCCUGAAAAUAACAUUCCCUUAAACAUGCUGUGGAAUAAAAUGGAUUGUGAUGA